CCAAGCACCAUAAAAGCAACCCAUUUCACAUCUUUCAACCUAAAGUCAAUUCCAAAACCCUCACCUUCGCCAAAAUGCGCUUCUCCGUCGCCUCCGCCCUCUCCCUCUUUGCUUUGACGGCCUCUGCCGCUCCCAGCACUCGCGACGUUGGCACCGUCCAAGUCCAGUUUGCCAAUGACCAGACUGGAGCAAACGGCAACGCCCGUAUCCCCCUUGAUGGCCGUCCCGUGAAUCUUGGACAGGCCUACGGACACACCAACCUGGAGAAGGACGGCACCCUCUUCGUCACCAGCCUGUUCUUCACCGCCGACUUCCAGAACGUGGAGUGCAUCGUCCUGAGGGACUUCACUACCAAGGUUGCCGACAUUACCAACCCUACCCGCGACUUUCAGACCUUUUCUCAGAAGCCCGUGGACUGGCAGAACCGCUUCACAAUCAGCUGCAAGAAGCACUCUUAAGCUUAUCUUCAAGCCGGGUAGUUCUAAUCUGGUGGAGAACUUGAUGAGACGUGAAGGAUAUCAGGGGGUUAUAAGUUUGGUUGAUUGAUAUCUUUGUAUGGAGGAACCGCGACCUGGCCUAGCACAAAUGGCCUAUACAGUAACUGCUUACUUAUGCAUCUCGGUAGAAUGUGAAGAUGUGCCAGCAAUAUACAGACAUUCCUUAUUCUUGAG